AGGAACUUCUCGAGUGGCCGAGGGUUUCCCGGGAUCCAGGCGAAGGCCAUUGUUGGGACACCUUAUCUGUGCUAAGUGUUACCAACCAGCAGGGCAUGGCAGUGCCUGGCCGGGAGUGAGAGUGGGGCGGGGGAACUAUUUGUCUCUGAAGCAAACUCUGUUUCCUGUUCAAGAAGCUGGUUUUAGUAAUCAUUCAGCCUGUGGGGGCUUCCUGAAUUUUAUUCUUAAGACCUAAGGAAAUUGAGAGCUUUUUAGGAUUCCAGAAAGAAUAAUCUUUAUUUCCUCAAAAGCAAGCAAAAGAUCUGUAAGGUCAUCUGAAAAGCUUUGGUUUAGUGCCUGUUCUUAGUUGAGACCUGAGGUUUUUCCCAGGAGGUUCAGAAAUCCACCCUGGCUGGAAGUGGGGCUCUUGGGAAUGGGAUGCAAGACCAGCUAGCAUCACCAGUUAAGUUACAAGACCACUUGUCAGGAGCUGUGCAAGAGAAUGUAGUCUGAAGUUCUGGACUUCAGCGAUCCUUUCAGCUCUGAGGUGAAGCCGAGAAUCCUGCUUAUGGGUCUGAGGAGAAGUGGCAAGUCGUCUAUUCAGAAAGUUGUCUUUCACAAAAUGUCUCCCAACGAAACACUGUUCUUGGAGAGUACUAACAAGAUAUGCCGGGAAGAUGUUUCCAACAGCUCCUUUGUAAAUUUUCAGAUUUGGGACUUCCCAGGACAGAUCGACUUUUUUGACCCUACGUUUGACUAUGAGAUGAUCUUCAGGGGAACAGGAGCACUAAUAUUUGUCAUCGACUCCCAGGAUGACUACAUGGAAGCCCUGGCCAGGCUCCAUCUUACAGUGACCAGGGCCUACAAGGUGAAUACUGACAUCAACUUCGAAGUGUUUAUUCAUAAAGUGGAUGGUCUGUCAGAUGACCACAAAAUUGAAACCCAAAGAGACGUUCACCAGAGGGCAAAUGAUGAUCUUGCAGAUGCUGGAUUAGAAAAAAUUCACCUCAGCUUUUAUCUGACAAGCAUAUAUGAUCAUUCAAUAUUUGAAGCUUUUAGCAAGGUGGUUCAGAAACUGAUUCCACAACUCCCAACUCUAGAGAAUUUGCUAAACAUCUUUAUCUCAAAUUCUGGAAUUGAAAAGGCAUUUCUAUUUGAUGUGGUCAGUAAAAUUUAUAUUGCAACUGAUAGUACUCCAGUGGAUAUGCAAACCUAUGAACUCUGCUGUGAUAUGAUAGAUGUGGUUAUUGACAUCUCUUGUAUUUAUGGUCUCAAAGAAGAUGGUGCAGGAACGCCCUAUGACAAGGAAUCAACAGCCAUUAUAAAGCUGAAUAAUACAACAGUUCUUUACUUAAAAGAGGUGACAAAGUUCCUGGCUCUCGUUUGCUUUGUCAGAGAGGAAAGCUUUGAAAGAAAAGGGCUUAUUGACUAUAAUUUUCAUUGCUUCCGGAAGGCCAUCCAUGAAGUUUUUGAAGUGAGAAUGAAAGUGGUGAAAUCUCGAAAGGUUCAGAAUCGGCUACAGAAAAAAAAAGGAGCUACCCCUAAUGGGACCCCUCGAGUGCUGCUGUAGGUGAGGUUUCAGGAACAUCUUUGAAAUCGGACCUUUUUGAUGAGGCUGCUGCACCAUGUUGCACUAAAGAAAGGGGAAGGAGGAGACUAGAACAUAUGACAUGGAUUUGUUGUUUAAAAAAAAUUCCUGUAACCCUCUUGAUCUUCUCUUUUUUAAAAUAAAGUAAGCACUUUGAAGCAAAAACUUGUAUAUUAACAAUGAAGUAAAAUCCACUGUACUUUCAUUACACAAAUGUAAACUUUUGUGGUCAGUAGUUAGAAAAAUCCUGUGUGAGAACUGCUAGGAAGUAUAUAUAUUUUGCACUUUUUCAUGUUUUUUUCUCAUUGAACUGAACUUUGAUAAGAUGACAUUUCUAAACUCUUUUCUGUACUUGGUGUCAAGGACAUGCAUACUGUAGCUCAUAUCCUAUGUCAAUCAGAAAUUAAUCAAAAUGAUGCAUUGGUAAUGACUUUUUGUAAAUUUGGGAAUCUUUGCUACCAGUUAUUGAGAGAAAUCAUUUUUCAGUGGAGCUGGAACAGAUUUGGUCUGCAAGCUCCAGGAGCAAUAAGAACUGUCCCCUAUUUAUAACAGGUGUAAACAGUUUUAUAGAAUAAUUUCAGCACCAAACUUACCUAAAAAUUUCUAUUACCACGGCUGUACUUCCUAAAUCAACAUUUUUUCCUCAGUACACAUCUCUAUAAAUCACUUUAUACAGACAGGUGAUUUCUUUUUACUGCAUUAUUCUUUAGAACCUUUCGGACCAGAUUUCCAAAAUGGUGCCAAUCACUGGGGAAAAAUAAGAAUGUCACUGAGGCCUGUUUCUGGAGGCUCCUCUGUACCUGCUGCUUGGGACUAAAGUAACAUCAGAGGCUAAAGAUUUAUAAAAUGUAGGAGAAUGGCAACUGCAGCCUAAAAUACAUAGGUACAAUUCUGUAUGUUUGGUCCCUGUGCAGGGACCUGUUGUAUUACCUUUAAAAUCUUAUUUAAGACCAGUUUUUUAUUGCUCCCUGGCCACAGUUAAUACAGCAAAUCUCCACCAUGGAACUUAAUCUUGUUGGCUGUCUUUGUCACCUGAAUCACUUUUUCAUCUGUGAUAAUGUGCCUCGUGUACUCAACCUGUUUUCACAGUAUACUGAGCUCAGCUUGCCACCCAGCUUGCUCUGCAAGGCUGAGGAGCCAUCCUGAAAACCCUAGCAAUAGUGAGAAAGGAUAGCCAGACCAGGAAUUACAGCUUUCCAAUUGUUUCCAAGAAGUUCCUUCACUUAAGUUUACCUUAGAAUAGCAGAAAAUUGAAUCCUAACUCUACUCCUAUGCCAAACCAUUCCAAGUAGAUAAUUCUCAAAGGUUAGUACUCUGGCAUGCUUGUGGGGCAUUAGAAAAAAAAUUUUUUAAAAAAAAGCAGAGCCUGCUUGAGACAAGAAAGUUAGUCCUAACCAAAUGUGCAAAAUCCCUAAAACAACUUGUCCUUGAAACUCUCCCACUCAUACCAGUGGCUUCUUUCCAUCCUUUCUCUACUCCCUAUUCCCAAAUCCUAUUGCUUUAAAGAUGAUAACUACAAUUGAAGAUGGUAGUUCACUAGGAUUUAAGGUUUGAGCCUACCAAGGGUCUGUGCAUUUUGAAAGGAGAUUUCUAAAAAUCACUAAGGCACCCUAAUUCCCUUCUCACAUUUUCCACCCAGAAACCUGGAUGGGUAAGAAACCUAGGGUUCCAGGGAAGUCUUCUCCCUAACUUCUGGAGCUAUAUCCUGUUCAACUGUUGCCAACAGGCCUGGUCAUAUGGGUUAUUACAGAUCUAAUUCUUGAAUAUUUUUUAUGGAAUGUUUUUCUUUCUAAGCAAAUAAAGAGUCAAGUUUCUAAUACAACUUUAUCCUCAAGAUAGAGACACUUGCCUAUUUGGUAAAUCACACUUUUCCUAGUAUAUAUAUUAUUAUAAGCAAGUGGAGCUUCCAUUUUUAAGCUGGGUAUAUGAUGGGUUUUUGUUAAAAUGUGCCUUAAAAAGCCUGUUACUUCAAGAGCAAGUGAUUCUUUGGGGGAAAGGCAAAAAUAAUCCUAGAUAUAGGACCCAAAUUUGUGGUAGUAAGUGUACUCUUUGAUGAAUCACAUGCUAAUAUAGAUUACUGCCUGAUAGCUUGUAUGACAAUGACCUCUUAAUUAAAGAAAGAUAUGGGAAUUAUAUCUAAGCAUUCAGUUUUUCAAGUCUGUGCUACUGGAAUCUCUGCACCUCUUUGAGUCCUUUUGCAUUUUAUCAUUGCUAUUGGAGUUAGCGUUGGGCAAUCUGUAUGGUCACAUUUCAUGCUUAAACAUGGCUAUAAAGAGAAAGACCAAACACAUGGCUAUAGUGACUGCACUGGACAUUUUUGCUCAGUUUUAAAGGUUGAGAAUUUGACCUGAAGGUUUCUAGAGCAGGGGAGGCCUUUGCCUUUUGAGUCAAUUAGAAUUUCUAUAUAGAGGUGAAACUGUAAAUUAUCAUCUUUGGUUAUUUUCAGUGAUGUAGAUUAGCAUGAAUGACCAGUAUGGAGUGUUUUUGAAGGAAUAUAAAUAAAAAACUGGUGAACAUUCACAAAUAGUGUUAUUUUGUGAACCCAAUAUAUUUUGGACCCUUAAAUAAAAUAGCUAAAAAUCACAGCAAUACUGUUAUGUGUGGGUUAUAUGCCAAUUCUGUUUGAAACAUACUCCAGAAAAACAGCUGAUCUGUUGUGAUUAUUAAAAUACAGUAUGUAUUCAA